AUGACUCGGUGCCCGCUGUCGUGCCAGAUGACUCGGUGCCCGCUGUCGAGCUUGGUGACCCAGUGCCCGCUAUUCUGCCAGAUGACUCGGUGCCCGCUGUCGUGCCAGAUGACUCGGUGCCCGCUGUCGAGCUUGAUGACUCGGUGCCUGCUGUCGUGCCCGAUGACUCGGUGCCCGCUGUCGAGCUUGGUGACCCGGUGCCCGCUAUUCUGCCAGAUGACUCGGUGCCCAUUAUUCUGCCCAGAUGACUUGGUGCCCGCUGUCGUGCCAGAUGACCCGGUGCCCGCUGUCGUGCCAGAUGAC